AGGGAGUCCCCUCAGCAAGGGGUUCAUAAGGAGGGGUGCCCUGGCCCCAUCAUUUCUGUCUAGGGAGUAGCUCCCUUAGCAUCUAUGGAGAAGAGGUGUUUGUCACCUGGUCCUGGUGGUGCUGAGCCUCUGGCCAGAUAGAGCCGUUGCCCCUGGGCCGCCAUCUGGCUCCCCACGAGUCUCUCCAGAUCCUCGUGCAGAUCUGGACAGCGCUGUCCUCCUGACCCGAUCCCUCCUGGGAGACACUCGGCAACUAGCAGCGCAGAUGAGAGACAAAUUCCCAGCAGACGGAGACCACAAUCUGGACUCCCUACCUACCUUGGCCAUGAGCGCUGGGACGCUGGGAUCUUUGCAGCUUCCAGGGGUGCUGACAAGGCUUCGAGUAGAUUUGAUGUCCUACCUCCGGCAUGUACAGUGGCUGCGCCGGGCAGGUGGUCCUUCCCUAAAGACUCUGGAGCCAGAGCUGGGUGCCCUGCAAGCCAGGCUGGAGCGACUACUCCGUCGUCUACAGCUCUUGACGUCUCGCCUGGCUUUGCCCCAGGGAACCCCAGACCAACCCACAGUCCCCUUGGGCCCUCCUGCCUCUGCCUGGGGAAGCAUCCGGGCUGCUCACGCCAUCUUAGGCGGGCUGCACCUGACCUUGGACUGGGCUGUGCGGGGUCUGCUGCUGUUAAAGACUCGGCUGUGACGCAGGACUGAAAGCCACCACUGACAUCAUCUUUCAAAGCCACAUCUUAUUUAUUUAUUUAUUUUGGUACUGGGGGGCGGGGCGCAUGAUGAUCAGGGGCAUGCCACACCCCACACAACCUGACACCCAGCUAGAUACACUUCCUCCAGGAGACCUGGGUGGGGUGGGGUCACCUGUGUGGCUUAUUUAUACUUAUUUAUUUAAGGAAUUGGGGGUGGGUGGGGACAGGUGGAUCUGAGACCUCGAAGAACAGGGAACUGAGAUCCUGGAUUCUGGGGUCUCUAUGAAAUCUAUCCACAGUGUCUUCCUCGCUUCCUCCAUUAUUUAUUAAACAAUUACUUUUUAUGUUAA